GUUUCACCCAUGAAUGACAGUGGUGAAUGGCUACAGCACCAUUAAAGCUACAUAAACUGGGUGUUUUGGUUUCCUCUCACUGCCCAGAAACAGACACAAGGAUUGGGAGCAAACUGCAGUCAAAGAAAGAAAGACAAACCAUGUACACAUCUUUAGCAAAUAUGUCCUCAGGAAAUGGAAUUACUGAGCCUACUGAUCCAGUAUCAUGUUAUCACACAAGAUUUUUUUUCUUGAUUACUAUUGUAGUUGUGUUGGUGGACGCUGUAGCAAGUUUUCUAUCUAAUAUUGUUAUUGUGAUGCUCUUGUUGUGUGGAAAAGUAGGAAAUUUGAUAUCUGAUAUCUUUUCCUUUGGCCUUGCUUCCACUGAAGUUGUUGUUUCUUCACUCACAUUCUGCUUGAUCCUUGUUUUUCUCUUGAAAAAUAUUUUGCUUGUAAUUACGCCUGUUUUUUCUGUCUUUGCAUUCAUCCUCAUCGCCCGGCCCUUCUUUCAGUGCUGUAUCUGUGUGGAGCGCUACCUGGCUGUGAUUCACCCAGUCACCUACCUGAAAUACAGAAGUCUGAGAUGCAGAUCAGUGUGUCUGGGUUGUAUCUGGUCACUUUCACUUGUAUUAAAUGUAAUCUUACUUUAUGUUCAGUCGUAUCUCAUUUCAGGGACCACAUUUAUCCUGUGCGUCGCUGUAAACGCUUUCUGCAGCAUCUCCAUACUCAGAGCCCUGAAGAAACCACAUCCUGGAGAAGGGAAGAGGAAUGAAAUGAAUCUUAUGAAGAGGAGAGCUUUCUGGACUGUCUUGGUCAUCCUGGUGAUGACUGUGGUCAACUACCUUCCUAUAAUAAUCAUAACACCAUUGUCAUUGUUUCUUUGCAUAAAACACUAUUGUAUUAUAUACAUAACGUCUUUAAUUGUGCUUGUUUUUGGCAAUUUGGUCCAUCCCCUGUUUUUUUUCUCCAGACUUUGCAAACCGUCAACUGUCAAACAAUCCUGCGUCACUAGCUAAGAAAAAUAAUGUCACGCAAUGGUUCUCAAAUAGCAAAAUAAAAAUGGUUAUCUAAUGUGGAAGCCUGUGGAGAAACAGCAGCUGUCUGAUUCAUCUUGAUUGGAAAGUAAGAUUAUUCUGUUAAAAUGCUGUUACUAUAGUACAGGGUAUAAUGACAAGAAUUGGUCAAACCAGAUUCAGUAUCUGUUACAAAGACAAUUCACAAACUGGGACGAUAUUAAUAUCAUAGUGUGGCCAUAAUUUAGGUUGCAAGUAGAAAAAUUAAAUAUAAUUGGCAUGUGCAUUUCAGUCUAUCUAACCUUCAGUUAUAAAUCAUUAAUGAUUAAUGUCAGCUGUAAGCUGAGACUGGUUGGCCGGUGUGUUGGAAGCAAUACAUUUGCAAACCAAUUUUGAAUAAUGUCUUAUGAAACGAAAUGCACAAUAAAGAAAAAUAAAUCAGUCUGAAGUAUUCAAAUUGCUAAUCUGGAAAUUUGCCUACCACCUUUGGUAUUGACCGACAUGUUUAGAUUUAAAUCUCUUUCAUAAAAUGAUAAACACUAAGAACUAUUUAUUCAGUUGGGCUGAUACUAAGAUUUUGAUGUUGCACAUGGGAUUUCUCUUUUUCCCUUUAUAUAACAGAAAAUGACCGUUUCUUUAGAAAAAAAAUUUAAUGCAGGAAGAGCAAAUGUGUCAGUCUGUCAAAUUUGACAGGUGAACACAAUUCUGCUGCUGAAUUUCCGGAUAUUCUUGAACAUCAGAAUAUUAUGCCUAUCUAUAUCAAUGUGCUUUUAAAUUUUAAUCAUUAUAUUUCAAUAUUAUAUUUUAUUAUUUUAUAUCUUGUGAAGGACUACCAUGACUUCUAAGCUCUCUCUGUAAUAAAUUAUUCAGUAGCUCUGUCUUUAGCACUGUAAUGUCUGUUCUGUCAUUGCAUCGUUG